UUCUUCUUCUCUGUACCGACGCUUCAUCCCACUCUUUUAACAUGGAAGACGAAACCAGGGCCUCUCCAUCUUCCAUCCACUAUCCCAUAGGCCCUUCAUCUCUCACAUGAGCCCUUUGCUCCAUGUCCAUAUAAUGAGCGUGCUCUCGGGUCUCUCAAAUUUCAAUCCAUCGAGCCCUCUCUCCAUCCAGAAAAAAUCCAGUCCUUUCCAGGUGGUUGUGGCGGCUAUGUGGCAAUCGCCUCUCUCCUGCUUCGGAACGAUCGCCGGUCUGCCUCGGCUCCGGCCUCACACCACCGUCGUCCAGCAAAAGAAAAAUACACUCAGCCAUGAAACCAACGAGAACAUGCGAGAGAAGGGGGGGGAGGGGAGGAGAGGAUCUGGGUCGGGAUCCCAGGCGAUGCCGAUGGCGAGGAGAUCUUCGGGGCGCGGCGGCGGCGGGCCGGGGGUGGAGGUCACGAUGGUGAUGGAGCUGGCGGCGGCGAAAGACAACGUAAUCAUCAUCAACCGCCCCGACCAAGCUGGCCUCGGCUGCAACCUCUACAUCAACAUCUCGAGUUCGACCUUCGCAUCUCCCGCACCGUUGCCUUCGACAGCUCUCCCGCACCUUGGUUCGCUCUCGCCCGGACAACCGACCCGGGUCUCCUUUCGGCCACAGAGGAACAACCUGGUAGCGAAUAUUAUUAGGAGUCCUUUUGCUUCAAGACCUGAACAGACCAACAAUUGCAAGGGCUUCAAUCUGAUGUGUUGUACCACACGCAAUCAAUAAUGCAUGUUACAUCGGUUGGUUUUUUCAGUUACAUUUAUGCGGAAACUAUCUGAUUGAGUUUAGCUGAUGGCUACAAAAUGUGGGAUUAUUUCUGACAGUAGGGUGCUUCAAUAUCUGCAUCUUACAAUUUGUUGCAAUGCUAAUGGCUACAUGACGUGCCAUUAUUUCUGUAUCUCUUUGUUCCAACUGUUCCAGUGUAAUGUGAUGAUGGAUUAAAUAUAGUACGGUACAA